GAAAAAUAAAAAUAAAAAUUAUAAAAAAUUAUAUACCGAUAUAUUUCCGAUUAAAAAAGAGUCCCCUGAAAAACAGAAUCAGCUGAAUUCGUUUCGGGAGUUUCCGUAAGAUUUUACCCGUGACGUCAUGAAGGGAACCCAUUUCGAUAAUCAGCGCCAUUGUGAAUACGAAAAUUUAGUUCAUUGCUUCUUUUGUCUUUAUUAUGGUUAAACGGUGUAUUGUUGGCGGCUGUAGCAACAUAAAAGCCGAUGGAUUUAGUUUACACGCAUUUCCUACUGAUGCUGCUGUGAGAAAGUUGUGGGUAAAUGCCAUUAAAACAACGCGGAAAGACUGGACAGGAAGAAAUGUCCGAGACCGUGGCGAUAGCCAAGUUGUAUGCAGUGGACACUUUACUUUCGAUUCGUUCGAACUAACUUGUCGUCUGAAGCGAGAUAUGGGAAUACCUUGUCUUAUGGUUUUGAAAAAUGAUGCCGUGCCAACAAUUUUUGUGCGACACAAAACGAUUGAACAGAGUCCUGGAUGCAACAGGCCGACUCCAUCCCCACCGAAACGACCAAGGAAUGCAUACAAGAAGCGAGAGGUAGCUAGGACCAUACAAGCUGUCAUAGAUGACACUGAAAUUGCUUCUGCUGCAGACAUUGAUGUACAUGUUGACCACGAUGCAGAUGUUACUCAUGUACAGGAACAAUUGCCUGUUCAACCUACAGAUGUAGUCCAUAAUGUACAUGUAAUGUGCCAGACUCAGCGAACUCAGAAGUCCAAGCGGAUACAAACGUUAAUAACCAGUAAAACUGUACACCAAGGAUGUCAGGUGAAUAUCAGACCUGCCUAUAGGAGCAGAGGUAUACAGUGUAAUCUUCCAUCAGCAUCUACACCAGCUUCCAGUUAUACUACUGAAGAUGUUGAAAUGACAGAUGUCGACAAUGACCACUAUACUGAUGUUGAUGAUGACAGCUUUGAGAAAUCUUGCAAUGAGUCAUUGUACGAGCCAGGCUCCAGCCUGUACUAUUCAGAGCAUAGCAGCUCCAUUGAUUCUCAAUCCAAGAUUAGCAACAAUGUUCACAGUGAACGAAAAUUUAUUGUUUUUGAAACGGCACUCCUUGCCCUAUUUGUUGUGUGCCGAGAGUGCUUUUCAUCCACAACAUGCCAUGUAAAGCGAGUGUUUGGAACAUACAUAGAAGUUGAACAAAAUUGUGAAACAUGUGGAGAAAAACGGAUAUGGUGUAGCCAGCCAUUCCUGGGCACUGUUCCUGCAGGAAAUGUGCUUUUGUCCAGUGCCAUUUUAUUUGCAGGUGCACUCCCAGGAAAAGUUCUUCGAGUAUUUAAAAAUCUAUGUUUAGCUGGGAUUAGUAUCAGCACAUAUAUGAUGCACCAAAGACACUACCUGCAACCUGCAAUUACUGAAAUAUGGGAAAAGCAUCAGAGGACAUUACUCGAAGAAAUAAAGUCAAGAAAAACACCACUUGUUCUUGGAGGGGAUGGUCGGUGUGACAGUCCUGGAUACUGCGCUAAAUAUGGGUCAUAUGGACUAGUAGAUGAGAAAACAGGGAAGAUAGUGGACAUCAAACUGGUACAGGUUGGGCUCAUAAUUUAUUUUUGGUCUAUUUCUCCAAAAUUUAGAAAAUAUGCUUCUUGAAAACAAAACAUGUAGCCUUUGACAUUAUUUAUUAUAUUAACAAAUGAACAUAUACAUGAAUCAUACCAUGAUAAUAUCAAACAAUAUAUAUACCUAAAAGCAGAACUAAAUUAAAAGUGUUGCCACAGUAAUGAUAGUCUUGUUUCAGGGCUAGCUCUGGGGGUACAAAACAUUUCGCCAAAUUGUGUCAGGCAAAUAUCAAUUAUUACAUGAUUUUUUUCCCGUCAAAUUAAAAUAAAAUUUGUCAGUUGUUCCUAAAAUUGGCGAAUUUGGCGAUUGACAAAGCUAGCCCUGUGUUUGUAUUUCAUUCUAUUUCAGAGUAAUGAAGUGAAGUCCAGUGUUCACAUGGAAAAAGAAGGCUUGAUGCGCAGUUUUGCAUUUUUGCAAGACAUGGGACUAACUGUCAAUGUUUUGGUGACAGACAGACAUCCACAGAUAACCAAAUGGAUAAGGGAAAAUUUACAGGAUACUCAGCAUUUCUUUGAUGUUGGGCAUA